CACAAACAUGCUAGACCUGGGGGAAAGGAGCUGCCAUGACGUCAUGGUCAUGUGAUCCGUCACGUGUCAGGAGGAGGACAGCUGUGGGCACCGGAGAAGCUGCAGUAAUGGCCGCUGUGCCAAACUUCAUCGGGCUGUCAGGCAACUAAUGUGUAUCCUUGUGAAGACCACUCAAGAUAUAACAGAUGAACCGUUGCAUGGAACCUGAACUCAGGCAUGAAGAGUCAGACAGCACGCUCAACCAUGUGCCCAUACACCGCUCUCAGGAUGCAGCUGGUCAAACGGUACAGACACCCAGAUGUUUGUCUUCAACGAUUUUGCAUAAAGCUGAAGAAGACUUGUCGUGCAGAAAACGUCAGAGAACCUUGAAUGGACCGCUGUUCUCGCCCACAAUUCCUCGACACCAAAAUGCCACUUUCCAAGACAUUAAAAAAACGAAUGAGCACGAUAGAAGUGUUUCAAACAGAGACCCGAGUUGUCUCCAAGGUCCUGGAGGACAUUACUGGACUGCUCGGUCAGGAAGCCGGGUAACUGCACUUUAUUCAGAGUUAGUUCGGGAGCUGGAGGCACAGAUUGCGGAACUGCAUCAAAUCUUGACAUCGCGAGAUGAAGCGGCUAAAGUACAGGAAUGGAGGAUUCAGGAACUGGAAAAAGAAAACCAAGAAUUAAGAAGGCAUGUCCAGACUUUGGAGGAGCAGAACGAUGCUUUGUCUCGUAGAGGAAUAUGUGCAAUAAAAGAAGGCGAACGACUCAUUGGACCAAAUGGUCAGUCUGUGGUGGUCAGCGAUUGCAAUAUCUCUUUCUUGAAGAACCUGGCAGGAUUUCCGGAGAAAAAUUCAGAAUUGCAGACCUCCCCGCCUCAAACCUUAUCUACACCCCUUCCAACUAGUGAAAGCAGGCUCCCCUCAACAGAAAGCAUGCCAUCUCCUAUCCCACCACCCACACCCGAGCUUGUCCAUCCAAAUGCACCAAGUGAAGUGCCCACCACUCCUACAGAUGGCAUGCUACGAGUCAGCGGGGUGACAAGUGGCUUCCAAUACUGGAUGAAGAUGGAUGAUGCUGGAGAGAGCACGAUUCCUGAAUCUUGUGUGAUGUGGGAGGAACCUCUACAGGAAACGCUGCCAGAUGGCACUCCAGCAUGGGCUUCUGCUAUAGAGAGUAAUGGACGUCCUAAACUGGAGUUGGUGCCAGCAUCUGGGGUGUACAUCACUUACCAGCAGCUGGAGGACCUAUCUCUUAUUCCACCAGAUAAACCCAAACUAAUGACCCGGCGUCUACUGGAUUACUUCUUCUCUAGGGAGACCCUGGCACGAUCUUCAGCCACAGGACAGCGGAUUGCGCAUAAUAAUACCACCAUGGAGAAACCCCUACGUCUCCCUGAUACAGUGGUAACUGCCAUCAAAGCCUAUGUGACAAGAGCUUGUGGCCGUGGCUGUAACUUCAAUGCAGUUAUAAACAGUAAGUGCGGAACAUCCCGAAGGGCCGUGAAGAAGAUGUCCAUACGCAUUGACUGGACAGAGGGAGGCGCUAAACACUGCCCCAGACCUACAUCCAAAUCAGCAGCUCACAGGCUACAGUCUCCGAAUGAAAAGACAGUCGCCGGAAAAAAGGCCGCAGAGACACUAAUCACAGAGAAUGUGCCGCAGAACAGUUGAGCAUUGGUGCACCGUGUUACAAGUAUCCAGACAACCAUAUGCAACAUGCUUUAAAACUAAGAUAUCCGGAUGCCCAAAGCGACCUUUGCUGAAAUAACCACAUGGGGUGACACAAAUGACCGCAUUUACACGCAUGUGCCAUUGACGUCUGUAAACUUAACACUGGUAAAAUAAAACUGGUUUGUUUGUA